GCAAUGAUAUCAUAAAACUUUGUCUCUCCAAUUUUUAUUUAUCUUAAUUCCCAGAUGCAUACUACCAAACCUAUAACUUGCGAAACCCUCUGUUAAAAAUGAUCAUUAUUAUCAUUGAUUAUGAUAAUGAUUUGAUUUAUCAGGAUGCAGAUAUUCCCAACCAAAGUGUGAUUCAUGCUGUGCGUGGAGGUCGCUGGUCUGCAAGGCAAACUAGGGGUACAGCAACCCCAUUGUCCAAAGUUUGUCUUGAUACUGUUGGAGAGGAGAUGGAAGAAGAAGCUGCAGAGAAUGGUACAGAUGGAGGUAACAUAUUCUUACUAUAGUAAUGUUGAUAAUUUCACUGCAUUGCCUGACUACUUCACUGAGUGUUUUAUCCUUCCUUUUAUCCUGGAUAAAUAUUUGAUCAUUAUUAUAAUGUUAUAAUUAUUAAACAUUGUUACACCAAACGCCUUUUAUGCUUUUAUGUGAUGAAAGAUUACCAACAAACCUUGGCUACUGGCAGUACUGUUUGCCUUUCCGAUAAAAGAAAAAUAUUGUAUAAUCCUGGUAUUUGAUACAAUGAUACAGAUUUUGACCAUCCAUCAUUUCGUUCUUUAGAUCGAGAGUCGUAACAUCCAUCUUUGCCUAGGCGACAAUAGCAGACACUACAAAGCUCUCUAUGUCUCAUGCUCUUCAAAUAGCAAUGUGGGUUUUCUCUUGCAUGACAAAUAGAGAAAAACUUGUGUACAAAAAUUCAGAAUAAUGGUGGCAAAGAAUUAGAAAUACCAUUGUCAGUUUCACACUUGAAGCAUUGCAUUGUUCCAUACAUUUCAGCAUCUGCAAAUCAGCCUCGCCGAGCAAGCUAUUUUGUUUACUGCAAAACUUGUAAAGAUAUUACCCCAGGAAAGCUAAGAGUUUGUUGUUCACGCUGUCAUGAAGGAGCAAUGGUUCUCUAUCAGGUAUGGGUAUUUAGUUUUUUAGUUACAAUUUAAACAAGGUUUUCAGUUAUUUUCUUGCAUGGUUGCAUGAAUGUUAAACCUAACGUAAUGUAACAUAAUUUUUAGGAUGGAAAGCUCUCUAUAAUUUUCUGCGUAGAAUUAAAAGUAAAAUCUAUGGAAAAUAUAAUACAAGUCACAGAUCGAAAACGUAGCAUUGUGCUUUAGCUGUACUGACAAUCUGAUCUGAGGAGGCCAGGUCUUAAUAAGGCCUUUUUUGCAUUAUAUUCUGCCAGCUCUCAUUCUUUCUCUCUUUUAUAUAUCUGCAUGAAUUCUUAAACUCCUCCCUUCGUCUGCCUAUUGCUUUUCCAAUCCCUUCCUACUAAGUAGAUUUUUAUGUAAUGUUUACAAAACGACUAGUAGGAGCGUAUUAUCAGGUUUAAAAACUUGAGGUGAAGCCGAGAGUUUUUAAACUGAUAAUACGCGACUGCGAGUUUUUUGAAUGGCUUAAAAAUCUCUGAUAUAGAUCAACUCAUUCUUGCACUAAUAUUUAGAUUUGGGGCUAUUUGAAACACUUAACAGUAUACACUGUUAUUCCUGCUGCAUGUCUGCUUUCACUAGAGGUUCUCUGGACAGUCAUAUCUUUUAAUAUUUCAGAGAGUCUGCAAUUUUCCACAAAACAUGUUCCACUGCUAUUUAUAGUAUACAGAAAUCACUGAUUAAGCAAUUAAGUAUCAUGGCAAUUUCAUGAACAGACUGCGAUCAGAUACAAUAAAUUUAACAUCUUGAUUUCAUGAUUUUUAUAUUCACUUGCAACAUCUGGCUUAUACAGUGUCUUUGCAAGACUGUCAUGCAAGCAGAUAUCAAUGGAAAGUAAUGAGACACCAUUUCUUUCACAUCAAUUUUUUUUAUGUUUGCAUUCAACCUGCUGUUCUUCCAGACUGGAAGCAAACGACAGACCAUAAAAAUAAGUUCUAAUUCCACCAUUGUCUUCCUUUUCCAGUUCUGUAUUGAAAAAAAAUCAAUCAAUUUUCGGUCCAAUUAGAUGUACAGUGGAACCCCUUUAAUGCGACCACCGUUGGGCCAUAAAAUCCUGGUCGUAAUAACAAGGCGGUCGCAUUAACGGGGUCCUCAAAAUAAUCAAAUGACUCAAUGGUUUUUACGUUUGGUUUGAAAGAAUAUGGCCGUAAUAACGAGGUGGUCUUAUAAACGGGGUGGUCGUAAGGCGGGGUUCCACUGUAGUCAAAACUUUAAAAAAUGGAGCUUUUUUGCUAAACUCACCACAAAAUGUAGUUCCCUAAUUUGUCUUAGAAUGUUGAGUAGUACAGUAGCACUUCCAGACGGUUAUGACCUCUAUUUUCAUUGGCCUAAAUAUAUAAGCAGUAGCUUCUUUUGUAUUUAGGGCUAAGGGUAUUGUUUGUGUUGAAUUAUCUAUUGUUUCAUUGUUCAAUCACAGACCAUGUCUGGACAGCUACUGACCUUCUUAAAUGUUGCCUAAGUUUUUCCCUGUACCAUAAUUGUUUUAUCUUUUCGUUUUGGAGGGCAGUUUUUAUAUGGGAAUUCAGUUUCCCCCUAUUGCUUUCCUUUACCUAUUGUACUUUUAUAUAUGUAUAUAUAUUUUUAUUUUGUACAUAAUUGGUAAAAAGAAUUAUUAAACUUAAACUUAAAUUUAAACUAUAAGUGAAGUUUCUGACUUUUGUCAGCAGAUUCUUUUUAUCAUGUGUCAAUAGGUCCACCACAGGCUACCCAGUUCUUAUUUCGUUUCUUACUUUGUACACAGGACCCUAGCAGCUGGGAUGAUGUUCUGAAGUCUGCUAGAAUAAGAGGAUCAUGCAAAACUCCAGGAUGUGAAGGAGAUACAGCGGUAUUGGCUCUAUAAUUUGUUUUAAAAUGUGUGUUUAGCCUGGGCUGGGCUGUAAACCAAUUCUCCAACUGACAUCACCUAUUGAUAUCAAUGUGUCAACCAGAGUACCAUGUUGGUUCUUGUAACAAAAUAUUUUUUUCACUGUUUCACUUGUUAAAAAUUUGAAUAACAAAUAAGCAAUGUUUGUAAACAGUGAGUAUUGCUAUUCUUUAUGUAAAUUAUGAUGAUGAAGGUUAAUUUUUGUACAUACAGUGUAUAGUGGGUACACUGUAGCAGCCUUAUCUAAUGACUUCACUCGUGUAACUUCUUACAUGUACAUGUUGUUGUCGACUUUUCUUUUUGUUAUCAAAUCCCCUCAUAAUUACUUUCAUCAAUAAUUCAUGGCUUCUGAUAUUUUGUAUGGGAUGGCAAUGGGUCACAUAAUCCAUAAGAAAUCCCUCUGGGUUUUUAAUCACAAAUUGCAUAACCUUUGCUAAGCAACAAAUUUAAACAUUUAUUUAGUAACUCUACAAAGUAUUAAACUGUUAACCAGCAUGCACAAACUCUUAAAUAGUCUACAUUGUAAUUUUGAUGUGAAUCUAAUGAACUUUGUUUUAUACCUAAUUUUCUCUAGAGAAAUCACAUAAAGCUUGUUCUGCCACUUUCUUAAAAUUUUACAGUUUCGUUCUUGAUCUUGAGACUUGUGUACACAGGGCUGGUAACUGCAUCAAUUGAUCUUCUGACUGAGGUCUCCAAGUUGUUUGCGUACUGUGCGGCAGAUUUCUGAAAUAUUAUGAAAUAUCAUGCGAUCUCCCAAACAUGCUGCAUACUUAAUUUGCCUGUACAUGUUUUUUUCUUUAAUAUGAAUUCUUUCACAGGUGUUUUACUUUAAAUGUGCUCAACACCCAACUGAUGAAGGAGACAGAUGUGUAGCCCUUCCUUUAAUUCGUCCAAAUACAAGAGACGUUCCCUGCUUAGCUUGCACAGACACCAAGUAAGUAUGCAGUACUCAUUUAAAUGGAACACUGAUAAUAAGUGGACCUUUUACAAUGAAGUAUGAUAACUUUGCAGGCUUUUUGGCUCCUGAUACACUGAAAACCAACUGUCGUGAAACCACAAUUAUGUUAAUUGUAUAAAUAGAUAUGUAAAAUAUGUUUUGGCUGAGUUGAUUAUGAUCUAUUUUGCUUUUUUUUAACAUUUUCGUGACAAAACACAAGAGUGAAAAUCCUCAGUGAAAAAAAAAGGAAGGGAAGAAAGAAAUUAAAUACUGUAAAAGAUGUAAUCGUUGGGGAUCACGUUUUUGAAACAAACAGCCAUCAAUCCACCAGUAGUUUUCAACUUCUAGUAACCUCAGCGCUUGUAUUGUACAAAUUGUAGUUAAUUUUUAUCUUAAGUAAUUUUUCUUUUUCUUUUGUGUCAACUUCAUUAGCAUACAUUAACAUACCCAAAAACAAAAGAAAAACAAAAAUUACCAGAGAUAAAAAGUUAACUACAACAUUAUACCAAUCCUCCAUCCGUUGUCUUCUGCUCAUGUGCUUUCUCGCCCUUUGACCUGGGGAGGAUACUCUCUAAGAUGGCCUAUGCUGAGAGGCUCCGCCCGAAAGGGGGUACCAUUUUUUAGGCUUCAGGUAUAUGAAAGGGUCAUGGAUUUCACGAGUUGAAGUACGUGUCUGUAAAAGGACCUAAAGGAGCUAAUAGACGAAUCUUAUGGCUGUGAAAAAGACAGAAAAACUCGCCUCUUCACGUUCCCACCAGGUCACCCUCCUUUUCCGAUGGCAUUAUUUAUCAACCUCAUCAUCAUCAUCGUCGUCGUCAUCUUUGUCUUAGUGAUCAUCAUCAUCACCAACAUCAUCUCUUUUUGGCAUCUCCAUUGCAGUAAAUGAAAGCUAAUCAAAGUUGAGUUAAUGGAAGACACCUUAAAACUUGCUCAUUUUAUCUUCGACAGGGAAACCAUUCUUGUUUUCCCCUGUCAAGAUACACACGCGAUGUGCCUGGACUGCUUUGAGAUGUACUGCACAACAAAAUUAAAUGACAGACAAUUUGUACAACACGAGAGUUAUGGGUACACUCUGCCAUGUCCUGGAAGCUCAGGUGAGAUAACUGUGCAAACAGCUUGAACAAAAUAAAGAUAAAUAAUGAAAGAUGUUUAAUUUUAAGCCAUGUUCUCAUUAGUUUCACAUUAAAACUCUUCCUUUCGCCAACAGUUUUGAAGAACGUACCAGUGGUUAAUGAAAGCCAGAAAAAAACUGUUCGAUGGUGAAAUGAGAAUGAUGUAACUAUACGACAAUUUUAUUCGCAAAUUUUAUUAGAACGAACAGAACAAAAUUAAAGCUAAACGGUAAAAUUUUUGACCAGCUAGUUCUGCUGAAACUCAACGACAAAAGGUUUCAUAAAGUUGUAUACAUAAGUAAUAGUCGGCCUGAGUUUAUGCUCUCUGAGAAACAAGCCAUGUCAAAUUCUAGUGUGUUUUGAUUCAGUCGUAGGAUAUAUAAAAAUAAUGCUUGUUUUCAGGAGAGUCGAACAUUCUCCAAAUAUAACGUAUGACGGGUCUGAAUAUCACUCCUUUUUAAACAUUUUUCCAAUCUCCUUGAGCACAUCGAGCGUGAACUGUUGGUAUCUACUUUCCGCUUCUAACUGCUGCUGCAGAAUUCUCUUAAACAAAUCCUCCUCCCUUUUGCGGCUGUCUUCUAAAAACUCCCGCAAAAUAGCGAUCAUGCUGAAAUCUUCUUGCCUACUUUGAGUCAUUUUCACCGGUCUUGGGUUCUUCCUGGGCUUUUUCCGGGUAGGUAAGAAAUCACUGAGGGUGUUGUGCCAGUGAGGUCUUUUAACGCCCGAUACAGGCGUCUCUUCCAAGGGGCUGUCUUCUUCAGAUGAUUCUUCGUCGCUGGGAGCAUUCUGAGAUGCUGUGACCCCCGGUGUGGGUGUGGUCCCCUCUGUGUACACCUGCAUCUGUACCUGCCCCACGUGAUUGGCUAUGGGGGCAUUCAGGGGCGUGAUCGGUGGUGCUGGUGCGAUGGGGCGCAAGACUUUGGGUGUGGUGUUAUCUGGUGGCAGUGUAAUUAGGCUUGCAGCAGGGGAAGCGGUAACAACCGUUGCUGAACUCAUACCGGCAUCACACAUUUCCAAUGGAAUGUUGAUUCGCACUACAUCAUCGUGAUUAAAUGGCGCUCCUUUGUUGGCAAUAAUUUCCUUUAAGAUAUCGUGAUAUGGAAAUGAAUGUGGCAGUUGGUCUUUUGUUCUGUUGUAUUCUGCCAGCAGAUUCUUUAUUCGUACUUUACACUGAUUGCCUGUUCUGGGUCCAAGUGAGCAAUGAGCGACCCGCCGGUUAAAUUCUCUAGCGAUCAUAUUCCACUCUUGGUAGUUCCUUUUCUUGCCUUUGAUCAAACGGUAAUUUGCCCUCCAUAAACUCAACAGUGUCAUUGUUUCUGUAUCAGACCACCGUGACGAGUUCACUGUUCCCCCAGCAUCUUCCAUACUUGCCGCUUCCAAGGGUUUUGAGACCAUUGCCUGUUGCUGUUGCUGGGGGGUCACCUCAAUGUGAACAACAGUACUCUUCUCCCCCUCCCCUAGGGUCAUCGUACUUGUGUGGGAAUCGGCUGUCGCCAUGGCAACCGCCCUUGGGCUGUUGAGAAAGAUUGAAUAUAUGUUACCGUCUAACCUUACGGACACCUCUCUAUUACGAAAAGUUCGUUUGGUCCCAGAAAUGCCGAGAAAUACGGACACCUCUGUAACACUUGGUUCUGUCCCUUUGGUGUCCGUAUCAAAGAGGUUUUUUACUCCUGCAAUAUGUUGACGUCCGUACGGUUGGAAAAGAAGAAAUCCUCUUGCGUAAGGCGUUUGGUUUAAAGCGUUUGGAUUAGGAAUGAUCCUUCUGGGACGCAUUUCAAGAGAAGGGAAUGUCAGAAGAUCUUACAACACUUGGUGCGCUGAACGGACCACAGGUUUUACAGCCUAAAUGGGAUUACUGUGCAUCCAUAAUAGCCAUCGUGGCUGUUGACCAGAAAAGAAUUGGUGAAGCAUAAAUUUUGGAUUUUUUAGGUGGUACCUAUGAAAAUGAACUAUAUGUUUUGCAUUACUGUGGUGCUGUGUUUUGGGUGAUUGGACAUUUGCUUAAGUUUCUGAUUCGACCAAGUACAUAUAGAGUUUCCGUCCAGGCUAUCAGAAGCUUUCUCUGCAAAUAUCCUUAGUUCACUGAGAGGUUGGUCGACGCGAUUUGACCUGGGUACAGUCCGGUGGCCCAUUUUAUUUCAGGUUUUUUAAAUCCGGUUAAACGUGACGUCUUGCCAAGUUGAUUUUUUUGACAUAAAAAAGUAAUUCGUGACUUUAAUGCAAUACAGUCACUUUGUACAUCGUCUUAUUAUUAUUUUCAUAAAAAAAAGUUGUGUUUGGACCGUGAAGUCAAACUUGCUUUUCUAGCUUUCCUCACCGGCUUAAGACUGUUUUAUUUGAAGUACAGCAACAAACACUUCACUGAAAGUACGUGAGCACUUUCGGGCCAUAAUUUGAAACUUACCACUUUCCAGCCUCUGCCUCCCAUUAGGAUCUUUAUCACACAUUAUCUCGGCAAAAAUUAAUUAUCCCCCUUUUAAUAGAAAGUGACCAGCUUUCUCUUUUUGAAUACUUGUGAUCUAUUGCGCCUAAAUUCUCUCUUCAGAAAUUUUAAUUUACUUACACUGCCUAUAAUCUCAUUUUACUGGUAAUCUAGAAGCAACUCAAGUUCGAGAAAGAUUGAAUUAUAAGUCGGCACAUUUUAGACCGCGAAAUUUAAUAAACUCCAUGACACUGUCCGCCCCUUAAGCCACGGUGGAUUUUAGCCAAAAUUAACUAAGUGUAACUUAAACCAUCAAGUAUAGUACGAGUCGGAGGUUUCGAAAAAGCAUUGAAGGGCUGUAAAGGAAAGCACGCCUUCAUAUUACGAGGGCCAAGAAAACUCAGAAACUACACAACAAAAAGAACUCACGGAAACAUAAGAAAUUAAAAACUGUCACUUGAUUUGUCUUUGAGGGAAAGCGAAAGCUUUCUUUUAUGUAAAUCAAUAGAUAUAGACUUUCGAUCCAAAAUUACCGCUUCGAAAGCGACUUCCCUCUGUUUCUGGUAUUAAAAACAUCUCCGAAUUCAGUUUAUUUAAUUUCCUAGAUCGCUAUAUUUGUAACUGCUUCGAAAGGAAUCCAUGCUUUCUCGGUCGAUAGCGAAUUCAGAUGAUGUAAACAGCAUUGAAUCCGACGUUGCAAGUAAAUGAAUAAAAUAUUACGAAUGGAUGCUAAUUCCGGAUUCGAGCUUGUCUAAACCUUUAUUCUAAUAAAUAAGUCGCUUUUGGCUGUUUUAUACGUUAGUAAAUUAAAUUAUACUUACAAAAAGUUGUUCCUGUCGUUUAUUUGUUUCGUUUGGCUGUGUUAUCUGCCAGAAGGCGAUCUUCUUUCCUUACGAGUGUUCGAUUGAAUUCGAUUCGCGUGGCGCUCAAACCAACAACAGAAUCGAAGCUCGCUGGAGUCGAUUGAUCGACUAAUCUUCCCAAUUUCUCAGUUUGCACUUGCUCGAUGUAAAUCUUCUUCGAUAGUAAAUCACAAAGAGAUAGAUUUUCUAGGAUUCUUCGAAGUAAUUCAAGUCACCAGAUUAAAUCUUUAUCCGCCGAAAGCGUUCUUCUGUUUUUCCCGUCUUCAUUCAAGCUGGCUGCCUUGCAUGUGUCGAUCAAUAUCUGAACAAUGACCUUUUGUUUUUGUUAUGACGUGAGCCAGAUCCGCCGCGCCGAUCAGUGAUUUGAUUUCACUUGUAACGCUUGCGUGUAUGACUCGCGCGUAAUUUUUCGGUGGAAUUAAAAACGGUGAUAGAAAUCAAUAAGUUGAAGAAAAAUAUCAAAGGACGAAUAACUAUCACCGUCCCACAAGCUUUUCAAGCUCCUGAUGAAGGUUAGUUCUGCUUAACCGAAAUACUGGGCAGAUAAAUUACCCAUCCAUAGUAUAGCUGUCCAAUCAGCCGUGCCUUCAAUACGAACAACUUCUUCCGACAGUGCAACUUAAAAAACACGAUGAUACUUAUGGUAGAUAUAGAAGACCGACUGUGAACGAAACGUUACGUGUUAGUGUUACACUAACAGAACUCUCUGUCACCAAAAUUCUCAAAUAAAGUUAACUUUUUUACCGCUUGUUUAUUUCUUUAAAAAAUAUCUACAGUGAUGUGCAAUUUCCUUAACGUUUUUCUUUGCACAUUGUGAAUUGAUUUCCUUUCUUUUUUAUUUCUUCUUCUUCUCCCCCUUUCUUUUCCUUUCUUUUUUUUUGCGUUUGGUUUAAAAGAAAUCUCUGACAUGGCUGCCACAGGUCAGGAAAUGGUCGGGGAAAAAAUUUCUUCAAGGUCAGGGAAAAGUCAGGGGAUUUCACUUUGAGUCAGGGAAAAGUGAAAUUUUGAGAGAACAUGUGUACUCUUUUCUCUCUAUACGUUUACUGUUUUCUAACAUUUAAAAUUCUUCUGUACAUUUUACAGACAUGAAUCGUUUUGUACAUGUAUUGGUAGAAUAUUUUUCGUGAAAAUGAACGACAAGCCGAUGUUGGCUUUUUGAGAACAUCUUCAAUUUUUUGUACGUUAUGUUAACGAACUUCAAUUCAUGUACGCUGCAUGCGUCUUGCUUUUAAAAAGCAUAAAUAAAUGGGUGGAGAGGAUGGUUGUGAGGAAAGGGUUGAGUCCAUUAUCAUGACUAAUGUAUGAAAUUGUUAAUUCCGUUGGUCAGGUAAAUUUUACAUUUGGCGGGAAAAAGUCAGGGAAUUUCAGAAACCUCAGGCUGUGGCAGCCAUGUCUGAAGUCGUCAAGUCCGUGAUAACUAUCCAAAUUUAUUUGUGGAUAUUAUGACGACACUUGCCAUCUCUGUAUUGAAGUUUAUAGAAUUACCUCUCCUGUCGGCUACUGGUUCACUCUUCCAUGCCUUUACACUGAGCGAUAUUCAAAGUCAGAGGCUUUUCACACAAAUGCUCUUUGGGGUAAACCAUAAUAUCUAGCUAGUAUAUCUGUAUUGAAGCCCGGCCUGGGAUGGUUUACUCUGAUACGUGUAUAUUAACUACAUGGGCAAUAAGUGUAACGUAGACCAUGGCCUACCGGCUUAAGACUUAUUUGCUUAAAGUUUGUUGUUUUAUAAAGAUGAGUGUUUUCUUUUCUGUGCUUUAUACCCUCUUGACACUCUUCGAACUUAUAAACAGCUUACAGAUUCUAGGAAAGGCCAAACUGAAAAUGACUUACAACGUGGUUUGUUUUUUCUAAACACAUCCAAAGUUGUACAAGUACUCCUCUCCCUCCCUCCCUGCGUGAGAGAGUGUGUGGAGAAGGGAAGAAGUUACUCCUUGGUUAAUACCCUACAACUGAAUGUAUUGUACAGUACAAACCAGCAAGUACAAGAACCUGGGUUUUUAAAAGAACCUAUUUGGCUAAAAUUUGCCUGUUAGACCCCUCUAUACAAGGACCUGUUAACGGGCUAAAAUUUUGAAGCGCAGGUUCUUUUUUUCUGAACUUUAAAAAAAUGUUUACACUUGGACAAAUAAGACAAAUCAAGAUUUGGGACCCUCUUUGGAGACAUCAGUGUUUUAUCACUCCAACUGCAAUGUACUUCUUAUUGUAGUCAUUUUUACAUAAUUACUUAUUUGGUAUACUGAUUUAUACAUGUGGAAUAGGCUGGACAGCGCUACAUUCUCUUACCUGCGAUGUAACGUUCUUCCGGAAGUUUGAAAGUAUUCAAGAACCUAAUAAGCCUUGUUUGCUAGUUACCAAGAACCUGUUUAUGUUAACGUGGGAAAAUUUAGGUUCUUCCUCGUGGGCUAGUACUGGUGUACUCUUCCUUAACAUGUUGGAUCUUAUGCGUGUAUUUUUCCUGUAGAUAAUUGUACAAAUUCCCUUAUUGCUGAGGCUCAUCAUUUUCGGGUGCUUGGAGAAGAUCAGGUUUGUAGUGUUGUGCAAAGUAUUUUUUAUGUAAUUUUUAUGAUAACAUUAGCUCAUUAUCCCCCUCUCUCCACGAGUGCUCGGAUUUGCGAACAUUGAAUGCUACUUAAAGCUAUACCGAAAUGAACGAAGUCGAUAGAAGGAUGAGGUCACACAGGAAUCGAACUUUGGACCUCUCGCACACUCAGAAGGUGGCGAACUACAAAACUAACUGUACCAGUUCUUGCUUCUGAAAUCAGAACCAUCAUUGUGUAUUUAGAAUUUUAACAUUUGAUCUGACUACUUCUCUUGUUGCAGUAUAACCGUUAUCAAACGUUUGGGACCGAGGAAUAUGUUCUAAAGAUGGGUGGUGUGUUGUGCCCAGGUCGCGGUUGUGGAAAUGGACUGUUGCCCGAGCGAGGAAUGCGUGCUGUUAGGUGUAAUGUUUGCAAUGUAAGUCUCGAUAACGUUUGAUUUCCUGGAUGCUUGUUGUAAUGUUAACGCUCCUGAUAAGGGGCUAACAUGGCAUUUGCGAUGCUAGAGCCAAGCAAACAAAUAGAAACAGAUCAGGUUUAAAGACAUCUUAUAUACCGACCAUAAAUGAAAAAUCAAGUACAAUCCUGCCAUCUUUAUGAUCAUCAUCAUCAUCGCCAUCAGACAGUCAUCGCCUCGACAAAAACUGGUCAGCAGCAAAUACUUGGAGAAACAGGCGUGCAAUGUAUGAAAUUCAUAAUAUUCUUCAUUUCAUGUCAAUAAUUCAUCUUUCCUGGGUAUAUGAACCAAAUUAAUGACCAGCUCCCAGUUGGCUUGCUGGCUUAAUUUGUUAGAGUGCUGCACUGUUAUCACAGAGGUCAGGGGUUCGAAUCGCGGAAAGCUGGACUUUUUUCAGUCUUUCUUUUCUUAAGUUGCGUAUUUAACUGCGAUGAGCUUCUUCACAUUUUCGAAUUCCGUUAUUUAAUAUGACAUUCUUAUUCAUGUCAGCUGGUAUUUUGUAAAGAAUGCAAGGAACCCUUUCAGCAAGGACACUCUUGUCGUCAGAAUCAAUCAGCUUCUGCUGCUACCGCCAGACAAAGUGUAAGUCAAGUGCAUUCUUUACUUUUUUGACUUGACAGUUUCACUGCGUUGUUUAGCUGGGCAGCUGGCGGUUUUUGUUUAUCGAGCGCACAAAUGAUUGGCCGAGCCGCGAGGAGAAUGAGGCGGAAACUUCGCUGCUACUCGUUCUUUUGCGAAGCGUGCGUUUUCGUAGCUUUUCCCCCCUCGCUAAACAAACCAGCUCAGACAACUGUUUUUUAAAUGUGUGAGCAACAAAGAAUAGAGAGCUGAUUUCCUUGCAAAAUAGUCACUUCUUAUCUUCAUGUGCAUAGACGAUUUUUAUUAUAGGGGCAACUUUGAAUGUUCAGUUUUGACUUACUUCUGUUUCUUCAGAGAUAUCAAGUAAACGCCGAAAAUGCUAGACGCGCGCGCUGGGAGGCUGAGGCCCAGCAAGUCAUCCAAAGAAUCAGCAAGAAGUGUCCCGGAUGUAAGACAAAUACGGAGAAAAAUGGUAAGGAGCCAGUAUCAAUACGAUUCUUCCUUUGUUUUGUCUGGCUUAGCUGCUGGUGUUAUCUUACUGACAUAGAGACGGUGGUCAGUAAGUUAAUGAACAUUAGAGAUCGAAAAAGCGUAGGAGUAUUAGUCAUCUCUUGAAAUCGAUUCCUGAGUAUAACGAAUGGUUUCCGUAAAAUGUAGGGCUCAUUAACGUUUUUGCCACCAAAGGCAAUUUCGCAGUUUUUGAUGGCUGCUGUUUCCAUUUGAUAUUUCCUGCAAAAAGCUUAAGUUUGGUUUGUAUGCAGCUUAUCUCCCAGUGAUUCAGGUGUUACUUCCCCGUAUAGCCCUUCUCAUCCCAACUUACAACGCUAGUUCCUGUUACGCCGGUUCUUUUCUUGUGGGACCAAAGGUUCUCUGUUUCGAUGCUCAAAUACAACUUCAUGGUCAGUGUGAGGCUGUGAGCUCGGCAUAUUUGAUAGUUCUCGGAACCCCCCACUCCCCCCACGGUUGUAAAGCUAUUAAUUGUUUUCAUGGACUUAUCACAUUUAAUUAUGUAUUUCUUUUGCUGAGUUUUAUCGCUGAAAGCGAACAUUAUAAUGAAUUUUUGAAGGGAAGCUUGGCAGAAGAGGGAGAAUACAAAACUGCUAAGGGGAGUAACUGAUUCUUUAGUUAGAUCACACCCCUGCUCAAUAUACUUUAAGUUAUUGACCGGUAUUUUUUGGUCAAGUUGGCUGGAUACCCUUGUACUGCAAACGCCUUUUGAAGGAAAUUCCGCUCCCACGCUGCUGCAACAACUCCUUCUAUUAGCGACACUAGCUAGCGAUCCCGAGUGUCCCCAUGACAACAAGAGUUGGUUGUGAUAAGCUUAGCCUGUGUACAGCUGCCUUCUCCAGUCAAACAAAUUUAGGGAACUUAAGCGACGAUCGCGGCGACGGCUAUAUGAAAAUGUCACUCAAAAAGUGAAGUCGCGCUGCCUCAAACUUCAUCGCACUUAUUCCAUCUCGUUUAACUCGUCAAAUGUUGGCAAGGUUCUUUGGAGUUGUUUUCUAAAGGUUUGUAUCAAAAUUCGGAAAAAGAAAAAGGAAAUUGUUGUUUUGUGUCUCCUGUCCUCGACAAAACGUGAAAUUAGGCAUUUUCACGUUGUAGUCGUGCAACUACGGUAAAGAAAUGUACAAAAAAGCGUGAUGCACGUGCAAAGUUGUUAAAAAAGUUGUUUUGCCAAUCUAAACCUAUUAAUUUAUUGUAGUUCUCGUUCUCGUUGCCGUUGCCGUCGUCGUUGCUUCAGCUCCUUUCUUGAAAUCAGAGAGAGAGAGAGACGGCUGUGUAUAGGCUAUAAUAAGCUCUAUUGUUGUACAAAAUCUUUACUAUUUGCCUCAUUCCGUUGUCAUAGUAACACUAACUGAUGUUUUGUUUGUACCCUUGUCUUUGUAGGAGGAUGUAAUCACAUGACCUGCGUUCGAUGCAGAGUUGAAUGGUGUUGGAUUUGUCUUAUUCGGUGGAACCCUGAUUGCCAGGGGUCUCACUGGUUCCAGCAACGUUAGAUUCAUUUGUGUAUGGAAAAAAUGUGACUAAAGCCCUUGGGUAUUCUUACAUCUAUAAACAUUUUCCUCUCACUCGAUCUUAGUAUUAAAAUUCAGCACUAGAAAUCCCUAAUUUCAGUUUGAAAAGUGCUUUAAAAAGCACCGUAUGAAAGUACCAUUGGUGAGUUUUCGUUCGAACGAUCACACUAUAAGGCCUGUUUCAAACGUCGCGCUUUUGCCAUGCCAAACUCAAUUCAUAAAUUAUGAAAAUGUAUGUGUUUUGACUCUACUGCGCGUGAUUGCGACGUUUUCUUUAUAUUGAAUUUGGCGCCACUGAAUUAAAUUCGACGCUUGAAAUCACUCCACCCGUGCUAUUGCUGUGCAACUGCCGGGUCAAAUUCAUUUGAGUUCGCCGACACGGCAGUAGCGCGACGUUUGAAACGGGCCUAAGGCUACGUCCACACGAUUCUGGAUUUUUUGAUUCCGUUCACACGUUCACUUUAAGCGAAUCUUUUGGAAAAAGUAAUUAGUUUAAGCCCCCGUCCAGACGAAUACGGUUAAGAUACGCGGUUUAAGAAAUGUCCGGAUUCGUGUGGACGGGGUCAAAGGAUUUCGUAGACAAAUUCAAGCGUUUAGCUCCAUUACGGCCGCCGCCUUGUUAGCUCAGUUGGGAGAGCGCCCUUCUACCGAGCGGGAGGUCAGGGGUUCAAGUACCCCAGCCGGACCAACACUCAGGGUCUCUAAAAUAACUGAGGAGAAAAUGCUGCCUUUGCAAUGACAUCUGCAAAUGGUUAGACUUUCUAGUCUUCUCGGAUAAGGACGAAAAACCAGCUAAAACCGUAGGUCCCGUCUCACAGCACCUACAAUUACCUGGUUCUUGUGGGACGUAAAGGAAUCCACACCACUGUUCGAAAAGAGUAGGGGACGUAGACCCCGGUGGUGUGGCCAACCUCUCCUGGGUUGGGUGGGUUAUCUAAUGAGGAUACACCUGGAAGUGAUUAAAUAAUUUUACAAGUUUUAGUUCCAUUUACAAGUUUUCCUCUUAUUAAAGAGUGCAGGUCUCUGGACCAUUGAGUCUUGCGAGUUAAGGCUAUAUUUUUGGGAUUGGUCUUAGCAAGGUAGAAAUUGCUUUUUAACCUUAGUUCAGUGUAAGAUAGUAGGAUACAUAACGUAAUAGUAUUGAUGGUUUGUAAAUCGAAAGAUACUGGCCAGUAUUAGUGCUUUAAAUUUUUAAAAUAGGAGGUAUUUUUUUACUUGCACACAUCGAAUUGUUGUACAUUUCUCCUUUUUUGCGUUUGUACCGUAGUACUGGGGCGAGGCUAUUGCUAUACCUAGAAUAAAAGAAUCAAUAUCAUAUUUUGUUCAAAAUGUUAUUGUUUUUAUUGGUGUCUGUUUUUAUUUCGAGGAAGAAACUUGUAAGUUGCAGUUGCUAAAGUAGUAUACAAUUUUAAAGGAGUGUUGUGUCGGAAACCGGUCGUUUCGAUACGUCUCAAGGAGUGAAAUUGCACAAAGAUUUCGCUCACUUCAAUUAUAGUUUGCAAGUGAACAAGAAAAACAUUUUGGGGGAAUAUUCUUCGUUCUUUAAGCCAAGGACGUGAAACUAUUACACCUCAACUAAAUAAACUUGUAUCGUGUUUGAAAGGAGAUUCCCUUACGACUUUGUAUCGAGACGACCCUUGUGUCAGUCUUAAACAGUUUCAUUUCCCCAGUUUGCUAAGACUGAAGAAAAAAAGUUUGAGUGCCUCAUUUAUGAGGUACUGCUAAUCAAGGAAAACUGAAGAGCAGCGAAACUUUUCACUUGAGUUAUUUUAUUUCUUUUAUUCUUCACAUUUUAAUAUUUUAUUUUACGCCUUCGUUUUCUACACAUGGCGUUUAUCGAUUUAGCUUGCAUUCCCUGUGGAUACUGCAGGGGGGUUGCAGAGGACAUUUUUUUAAGGGGGAAAUUUUUGUAAAGAUUCCCCCCACAUUGUACAGAAUGUUUCGACAACCCCCACCCUCUCGGCCAGAAGAAAAAAAAUGACCCCCCACCCAUUCUCGACAAGGAAAGUAAAAUAUAGGCAAUAUGAUAAAAUGGUGGAGAGAUUAAUGUUUAAAAUAGAAAAAUAAAAAAAAAGGUAACCAAAGGUUCAAAGAUCUUUUGGGCUUGAUUUCUGCCGCUCUCUCUGUCCUCGCCGAGAAGGGACUGUUUGCAGGAGGAGCGUGGGCUCAGCACUCUACUUUUUGCGGCCCAACUUCCAUCUCAAAGCACUUCUGCAACUGAGGGAGCAGACUACCUUCAGUGGGGAUGCUCUUGAACAUGUAGACUGUGCUAUUCAUAAUUAAGAGAAGCAAAGUGUUGAUGAUGUUGUUGAUGAUGGGAACGAUUGUUAAUGCUGCUGCUGAUGAUGAUGACGAUGAUGAUGGUGGUGGAAAUGACGAGGGUACUAAGAGAUUUGGUGACAAUGAGGAAGUUUGGAACAUUUCCUCACAAAGAAAGUUGCAAUGUGUUUUCAAGCAUUAAGUUUGAACAGUAAAUUUUAAAUUCGUGACACUUUUUUCAAGUUGUGUAUGCUAUUUGAGCCAUCAAGCACUUUAAGUCAUUCCAAUUAAUGUUAACUUGUUUGCAUAGGAAUAUACUUUGUAUGGCUGUUAUGUUAGUUUAUAGAGCCUGGCUCUAUUUCGGUCUAUUCAUUAACAAACUUUCUUCAAGGAUGGUUUUCUUUCUAAAAAAAUCCACAAAAUAAUGCUUCUUUUGAUAAUAAGUGGAGAAAAAAAAUAGCAACCCUCCUUUCGUCUCUCAAAAAUUUUAGUAAAACCCCCUUGUCCCUUUCCAAAAAAUUGGAGAUCCCCCCCCAAAAAAAAUCCUCAGUCUCUUACUUCAUUUUAGUUUUUUUUUUUUUUUUUUUUUUGCAAACCCAUGCACGCGAGCGACGAGCGACGAGCGCCGAAGCUGCAAGCCGUUUGCAAAUACGCUUCAGGCCUGCGAACGUCCCUAGCGGCGAAGACCGUCGAGGAGAGACGGCUUUUUUCGCAUGUAUAAAGGCGUUGCCUCGGAUUAGCCUGGGACCAGAUUUCGCAGUGGGAGAAAAGGCCAAAAACGGGGUGAGAAGGUUGUGAGACAACUAAAGAAAAACCGAUACAGAGGUUUUUUUACGACUGGUGUUCACUUUGGGGAAUAAAUCCGAGGAGAGUAUUGCGAUGCCGCUUUUGAUAAUGGUGAAGUCGGAUUUGGUACGGCUCAAGUUUGCGGUCAGCAGUAUGUUUUAGAGAACCAGGCAACGGAGGACAAAUUAGCGCUUUUGGUAUUGUAAGCAUCGAAACUGGUUUACAAACGUUUUAUAAAACAUCUGAAAACUCCUUUCUUUGCCAUUAACUAUGUACGAGAAGACAGAGAUGAUUUGUCCUUUGUGUUAUAGUAAAUACGGUACAGGUUUUCCCCAGCGGAUUCCUAGAGAACUGGACUGUAGACAUACAUUUUGUACGGGUGAGUCAAGACUAGCUUCAAUUAUUGACUUUUGGAAUUCAAAAAUUAUUUUUAAGAUAUCCUUUCUUUCAAGAAAAUUAGCACAUGCAAUUUGGUGUCUUAUCUUUUAAAAUCUAUCCGUUGAAAAUAUGCAGUCACCAAAAGUCAAAACUGUUCGGAAAUUCAAUUUUAUUCGCAAAAAACGUUUGGGAACUCGAAUACUAGCUCUUAAUUAAGGAUAUUGCUUCGACGGCCUUCGUGAUCUGUACGACAGCGGCGGCAGGGAAAACUUGGGCUCAAGUUUACAUUAUUUGCUGAGGUGAAACUGUAAGAUUUAUAUUUCGUAAUCGAACCUGUUUCAGAAACUGGAAAGGGGAAUCAAGAGUAAGAGUCGCUUGUAAUGCUAUGGAAAACGUCAUGUAGGAAGUGUUGGUAAAUCGUCGAAGAGAUUCCAAAACGUGAACAAGUGUGUUUAUUCAAAUCUACCAUGGCUACUUCUAGCUAAAAUUAAAUACUAACAGUGUGACAUUGCCUAAUUUCAACAGUUCAAUGUCGUGUUUAAAUAUUCCUUGGCCCCCCUGGAUUGAUAAAUUUCCAGCUGAGUUCCGUUCUAAACAGAUCUACAAUGGCACUGCUGGAAUUUUCACUUACACGUGCUAAUUUGAAUGACGGCAUAUAACAGAAAUCAAUUAAUCAUGGCUAGUUAUUUGAAACUGUGUAUUAGACAACACAAGAAUUAUUGUUUAUUGUUAAACAAUUCAAUUCUGUCAGGGUAAAGGGUUUACAGACUAUUUGUUUUAACAUAAAAGGACACAAGAGAAAGAAGCUUGUUGGAUAUAAAAGUCUCCAUGUGGCUUUUACUAUAUAAAUGUCCAUUAGAAAUGCAGAAACAAGCAAAAACUAAUUCUGAAAUCCAUCUUCUUACUGUUGCCAUUGAGUCAGCUGUUGUCAAGGGAACAAAAUAAAUAUAUUCACCAAACUUUUUCAGUCAGUGUCUGCUAAAAGUCUGUGAUUAAGCAUGCAUUAAUAAUGAAGUAUCUUUGAAUGAAAAGCUAAGAGUGGCUGUUGUGAGCUACAGAGAUGAGACAUAAAAAAUCACUGCUUCUUUUUGUUUAUAAACAGGUUUUACCUGAAUAUUGAAGGCAGGACCAUAAUAUUCUAUGCACUUGUUACCAAGCCAUGAUUGAUAAAUUAUGCAGCAAGCUGAAUGGGAUUUUUUUAAACAAAAAGAUUUUAUUAAUGACUCCACGACAUUACAUAAAAUUUACAAUUCUGUAACUAACAUAAGAUUACAAUUAACUUUACAUAAAAAAUAAGAGCUUCACUUCACUUUAUCCUUUAAAUUAAUUCUAGAUUUAUACAUGACACCAGGAUUGAUGAAAUAAAUAAGUUGCAAUAAAAAACAGAGAGAGGGAGAGGAAAAUUCUAAAAAAUCUUCUUUUUGAGAGGUUACUGUAUUAUGACAGACUCAAUAUUGAGAUAGUAUUUAAAUCAUGUUUAAAUGUUUAAAAUGUAGUUUGAUUUUUUUUUCAUUUUUUGGUAUGGUAUUCCGCCUAAAUGCUAUUAUAUAUAUAAAUAUACCUUCUAUGUUGGGUAUUGUUCCGAUUUGGGUUUUUAAGACCUGCAUUACUGGUUUAACACCAUAUAAUUUACAGUGAUAAAUAUAGAUUAAGAGAUGAGAUAACAUCCUGCUUAUCUAAAUUCUUCAUAUCCAUCAGUUCUAAGUACCAUAAUAUUCCGGUAAUUGUACAGAACCGCAUUAAACUUUGAUAGCAAUGUUUCCCCUUAUGAGAAAUUUUCAGACAGUACCUUAUCAUGUUUUUGUUUUGUUUUCUUUUGUGUCGUUAUUUGUUUCACUUCUAACUAUGUUUUUUUUUUCAACAGAGUGCCUUUUAAAACUGCAAGAAUUGCAAGGCUCAGUCAUAGAAUGUUCUUCUUGUAAACUGCGAACCUUGUUACCUAGCAAUGGGGUGGAUGGACUAGAUAAAAAUAUGGACCUUCUGCAUGCCAUUCUACAGACUGAGGAAGAAGAACAAAAAUUAUGUAACUUCUGUAUUCGCAAAGUCUACCCUGCCAAGCCUGCAACAUUUUAUUGUUCAGACUGUGAAGUGUUUAUGUGUGGGAGUUGCUCAGAUACAAUUCAUUCACAGUUGGAGUUUCGUUGCCAUGGUAUUUGCCGAGCCAGCGAGGCUAAAGAUGGUGUGGUUUCUCUUUCAGACCUGCAAGGGCAGACAGUGUCUUCUCGUCCAUCAUCAAGUAGCUCAACUUUAAGCAAACGAUCUUCCACCAAUCUGAGACCAACAUUAACCAGUAGUAGACCAUCCAGCUCUUUGCUGAAUUAUGCUUCUAUACCUGGUAGGUAGUUUUCAAUCAUAAUUUAUUGAAUGCAUGCAUAAUAACCAGGAACUCAUAUGACAGGACAUUACAUGUCGAUAGAAAUCAGUCAUUGGAAAGCAAGUCGAUAAGUCGAUUGACAAGUUAUAUUUGUCGUAUUGAUACUUUCGCCUCGCGUUUCUUCCCACUCGGCGAUUCUUUUGGUCAGCACUGACACUGUACUCUGGCUUUUCCGAUAAGUUUCAAUAAAAAUCAAAUGUUAACACGAAAAAGACGAUUGGAAAUUAUUGAUAAUCACACAAAAUUUUGUGAUUGACUUUUAUCGAUUUCUGAUAUUUGUCAAUUAAUUGGCGUUGAUUUUUAUCAACAGUAAUUGAUUUUUAUCAGAUAUCGGAAUUAUUGCCGACAUGUAACGUCCUGUUUAAGAACAAAGCAAAAAGGUCCAAAGUGGUUCUUAACACAUUAAUUUGUGCUAGCUAAAGGAAGGAAGAAGUUAAGUUGUUCCUAGCUUCUUUGUUUAAUUAAUGCAGACUUGAGGGACAAUAAACAUGAGAAAAAAAAUUAGCCAGGUGUGGAGGGUGAUCUUCUCACUACUUACAGCCUGGAUCUCUGCAUGAAACAAAACACAGGACACAUGAUCAGAAAAAAGUACAAGAAUUUUUUUAAGCUGCUAGAGAGAAAUAGUUACCCAAUUAAAAAUUGAAUAAUGAAUCUGUUAGUGAGGUCAUAUUAAAUAGAAAAUGGUGAUAAAACAUAAGUAAAAAUUGAGCAACGCUGCUGGAAAAAUGCCUUAGAAUCAGUUAUUUGAUAAUUUUGACAGUGACGUAUUGAAAACUAAAUUUUACAGAUGUUUGGGGACAGUUUGUUAAUCCUCCAACCCCCAUCAGGGAAACAAACUACUAGUUAAGAAAUUUAAAAGCCUACACCUUGUUAGCUUCUAAAAAGAUAUUUGCUAUAACGUAAAAGCUCUUAAUGAAAGACUGAAAAAAGGUGACAAUUUUUCUGAAAUAUUGUCAUCGUUUAUGAGUGGAAAAACUGAUGAUUGUUUCUUGGGUGUUUAGAAUGUCCCACUCACGAGAAAAUGACAGAAUACUACUGCCGCAACUGCAGAUGCUUAUGCUGUGAAUCUUGCUUUCGUUUUGGUAACCACAAAAACCACAGCUGUUUCCAGGUUCAUGAAGCUGAAGAGAGAGAAAGGAAAGCUCUUGUUAAAUUACAAACUCAAGUGGAACAACACGGGGAGAAAUUUAUCAAAGCCAGAGGAGAAGUGCAAAGGACCAUAGAGGGUGUGAAGAAAAAUACUACUGCUGUGAAGGAUGUAGCCAGGAGAUAUUAUAGAGAACUGAGGGCAGCAAUUGAUCAAGGAGAAAAAAUUUUGAUUGAGGAUAUUGAUAAAAGAAGUGAGGCAAAAUUAAAAGCCUUGAAUGAACAACUCAGGUAUUUUAACCAUUUAAACCUGUUCCUGCCGUUCAGUUAGUAGGCGUUGGUGCAAUAUGAAGAGCUUAACAAAAAACACAACUUAGUAGCCAAAGAAGCACCAUUUUUUGCUUCUAUUUUUCUUUUUUUCCACUCUGUGCUUUUAGCCAUUCGCACUAUCUGAACGCCCGGCCAUGGCACUGCAGGCUAGCACCCCAACAUUAUGGCAAUGUACUGCUGGUGACUUGUGCAUGCAUUAUAUAGACAACAAGAGCAAGAAAUAUUCAAAUUCAUGCUAAGCUGAGAGCAAUGAUAUCAUAUUAAAAGCAGGCCAAAAAUAAGGAAAACAAAGCAAACCCAAUUUUUUUGAUAGGCUAUUUGAAGAAAUAACUGGUCCCCUUGCCGCUUUCUUCACCGAAAAAAAAAAGAAAGAAAAUAACAUUACUCCUAGUUUUCAUUCAUUAAAAAAUAAUCUUUAACAUGAGAGUCAGAAUUUUCUCUGUCUAAUCAAGACAGUGAGAACAGGAAUGCGACUUCACGUUUAUUUUAUGAACGAGCUUUUCUUAAGUUCACCACAGUUUCUUUAAAUCUUUUCAGAAAAUGCUUUAUGUCUUUUUGUCCUUUUUUCUUGUAGUCAGAUGAUUGAGAUUUGCAGUCUGACAACAACUGCUUGUAGAAACUGUGAUAAUGCUUUGAGUAUGGAUUACUACGAAAUGCUGAUGCUAAAAAAAGAUGUGGAAACAGAGAUGAAAGAUGUGUUACAACUCCUAUGUGAGAUUGAUCCUGUAACCAAAGCUGACCUAGGAUGCCAAUUCCCUAAUCAUGAAAAACUGUUGGCUAGUAUCAGAAGCUGUGCCAAGCUUGUUUUACGUAAGUGUAAAGAGGUUUUUGUCUCCCACAGGUAUUUACAAACUUAACAGUUAUGAUAUAGCACUAGUUUUCGUGGGCUUCCGCCUUCCAGAAACCGUGUUAUGUAGGAAACUCUGUCUAUAUGAACGGGAGUUUUUUAAAACUUCUGUUUCAGCCGAUGUGAUUGGCCUUUUUUAUGAAAAUAAGCCAGUUACUUCGAUAUCUACUCGAAUUACUGCUCUCUUGUGUGACUUGUGGAGAGGAGAGGAUACAUGUACCGAAUUUAAUGCAUGCUGAAUGAAAAAGAACAAUAUAGUUUUUGUUUGUUGGCAUAGCAUUCCGGCGCAAAUUGUAAAGAUCAACGUCUACAUGGCUACAAUACUCCCGUAAGGUCUGCCGAGUGACACAUACUUUAUUCUAUUACAAUUUUUCCUCAUUUUUUCAAAUUUUUCUAAAUCUUGACCUCUGAAGGAAAGACAUAUCGAGAUGGUGUAGUGUCACGAAUCUUCAGUAUUACGUGAAAAUCCAACAGUUCUGUUUAAUCAAUUUAAGUUUGCAAACAGUGGCCUGAUAUUCUUGCUUCAAGUUACUAGUACAGGCGUGAUAGAAGUGGGUUGAGACAUGAAAAAUUCCCCUCCAUCGUUUUUAUUUAAGAAAAAUCGAUGAAAGACCGUUCAUUAGGAUUUCCUGUCACCGCAGAGAGUGAUGCAGUUUUCUGGUUGCUCCAGAGGUUACCUACGAUCAGUCGUCCUCUCUUCCCUUUUUCUUUCUUAUCACAAGAUACUCCAUAGGGAACAUUCUGUUUCAUUCUGUACAUCAGAGAGUGUGCCUUCUAAUAAGGCAGUGUACAGAAAAAACUUGGAAAAUCUCGCGUGACACCGCCCUUUUUUAUUUUUACAGCUCCUGGUCCGCCCGAGAAACUGACUUGCAGAAUAACUAGUGACAACACAGUUCACGUGAAGUGGGAGCCGCCUGAAAACAAUAUCUUCCUCUACCCAGUACUUUGUUACAUUUUACAAAGUAGUUCUGGUGAGCUUUAUAUUCCCCCGUAUAAAUAAAGAUUUCCAUGUUAAAACUAGUCACUUACAGCAGGAGCCGAUCACUUAAUCGGCUCCUGCUUACAGUUAGGUAGAUAAAGUGAGGUGAGGUAAGACUUUAUUUUGGAGACUAAAAUGUAGCAGUCACAAAAAAAACUUCUGUCAAACUUGAGGCAAUACAAAUUACUUUCAAUAUAGCAAUUUGCAAUAAAACUGACAUUUCUAGCAAUCAAUAUUUUGUUGUAGAAAUUAAAACUGUUAAGACUGGAGAUAACAAUUAAUAGAAAGCUACCUAUUUAGAAAAUGUACAGAUCAUACAGAAAUAAUUCCAUCAGGGAAAUUAAAUAAACAACCAGUCAAACCCCGAUAAUACGGACACUGAGGGGGCCAUAGAAAGUGUCCUUCUUAACGGGGUGUCCGUAUUAAGCGGGUUGAAUUUAGAGAAAAUGUGAGGGCUUUCUUUUCCAGGGACAAAGCAAACUGUCUGUAAUAAUGAGGUGUUCGUAUUAAGCGGGUGUCCGUCCAGCGUAAAGCGGGGUUUUACAGUUCUCCGUUUGGAUUCACGGGUCUCUAAUAACAAGGACCAAAUAUGCUUACUGUAAAUGAUCUAAUAAACGCGCGGGGCGUCUAUUUAAUUUUAGGGGGUCCAAGAGGGGACGUUUAACAGAUAGCAGGCGUUUAAAAGAGAGGGACCUUUAUUCUUAUAACUGUAACAAGCUCUACAAAACUAAUAUGCUUUCGCGCGAAAACAUCAAGGGAUUUUUAUAAAUAGCCAACUAUGCGAUCCAUCAAUAAUUGAUACGGCUACACCGUCUAGAGAUCCAAUAUCGCUCUUUCAAAUCCUAACAUGGAUGUCAGAAUCUUCUCUCAGGGUUAUUGUGUUGCUAUCGUUAGUCUAUCCUUACCUUAAACUUGACAUUAAACAAAAUGACGUACGCAAAGCUUUGUUAAUAAGGCAAGUAGCUGAAUGAACUGAAUGAUUUUGCUCCUUUUUGCUAAUUCCUAGUAUUUUGGAGUAAUUCUCAUAGGGGGCGCCCAUUAGACAGGGAGCGUUUAUUAGAGAGGGGCGUAUAAUACAAUUUUAGCAGCGUAGAGGGGGCGUUUAUUAGAUAAGAGGCGUUUAUUUGGAUGUGGGCUUUUAUUAGGUCAUUUACGGUAUACUUGCUGCUGGCUGGUACUGUUAAUUCUUUCUGAUAAACACUCGAUAUCCUGCUCAAUUUGCCGUCGUCGCAGUUAUAUACUUCGGGCGGCACUUCGGGCCUUAUUAGCAUUUUCGCCCUCGAUAUUUACUGAAUUAUGAUGAACAAGUCAGCCAUAAACUGAAAAUGUGUUAACAGCAAAUGUGCGAUCAGAAUUGUCUAUUUAUUUAGAGGUGGGGAACCCCAGGUAGGUGGGGUAACCCGCCUGUCUAUAUAAUCUCUCAUUUUAAUUUGAUCACGUUUACAUCAGUUAGGUGGGGUGACCAUAUGAGAGAUUUUGUGGACAGGCGCGGGUUACCGCACCAAUCGGGUUACCUCACCUACCUGGGAUCUCCCACCUCCAUGUAAACUGUCCCUGAUUUUAUAGCAGACCAUACAUUCAAGUUCUUCGAGUGUAAUAUUUAUUCCAAUAAUGAUUCGGCGUUGAAGGAUUUCAAGGAUUUCUUUGUUUAAGAGAUAGGAGUAACGGUUGUUCCUAUCUUUUGCCGUUCUUGCCGGAAGAUGUGUCUCGCGUCCGAGGUGAUUCUGUGAAGGGGGCGCAGUAAACUAAAAUCUAGUGUUUCUUGAGUGGGAGUCAGGGGUGUUCUCACAGAUGUACGUAAUAAGGUAAAAAUUCAUUUUAAAGCAUAAUUGUGAGGUAAUCAGCAAUAAUUCUUCUUCAACCCUUAGGCCUCGUCCACACGAAUCCGGAUAUUUUUGAAACCGCAUAUCAGCCUCCCGUUCACACGAAACCAGCGAGGGAUCCGGACACUGGAUCCGGUUUAAAAAAAAUGCGGUUUCCAAAAUGUGCGGAUUCUUGUCGGCGGGGCGUUAAAAAGAACGUACAGUUUAUAAACAGUAACUAACACUUUAUUUGUUUUCCCUAGGUCCCGAUAACAGUUUUGUAGAUAUCUACAAAGGAAAGGAGACCGCACUAACGAUAGACAAGACUUGCACAGACUUGCCUGUUGGAAAACAAGUUCAGUUUCGCGCAUGUGCUGUUAACUUGGUUGGAGCUGGGCCGUGGGGCUUCCCAUACGGAAUAAAAAUACCUGAGUGAAAAAAUUGAUCCUUAUACAGAUAACACCCAACUGCUUGGUGUCAAUGAACAAAUACUUCAGCGGUCAGAUUGUCGCUGUCAUACUGUUCGCAGGCAGUGUAUACAAGGCUCAGGGGAAGGAUGACGCUCUCACCACGGGAGAACUAACUUGUGGAGAACUUUUGCGUGGAUGCUCCAUGCACCGCCAAGAUAACCGAACACUUAGCUUUAGCUUUUUUGGCCAAAAAAGCAACCCGUUUCAUAUGCGUUCAGAAGAGUUUUGGUUGAUCAGCGAUGAACCUGCCUGUGUUUUAAGUUGGGCGUGUCGUCUAGAUACCCUGAGACCCUCUCGGUAGUGGAUCUGAAGGGUGUUCGAUAAUUCGACCGUUCUGCGGGUUAAGUACAGGAUAAGAAUGAUUUUUAGGUCUGUUUCUGUGUUUUUACUCAAAACAGACUCCGGAGAAGCAAAUUAAAAGCGAGGGAGUCUGGGAGAAAGGAUGGCGGGGGGAAAGUAAAUGCUCCCUUCAGGUGUUGCUCCCGGCCGCACGAUCUGAACGCCAGCCUAGAAAAGGCUAUGUUAUGUAUGGUCAUAACCAAUCUUAUUUUGUAUCACUUUGAAAACGAGAGAGGUCACAUGUAAAUUUUGUGGAAUCUAGUAUAUAAAUAUGAGACAAGUGUACUCUGUCUAUGAAACUGAC